UGUAGGAAUUGCACUGCUACUGCUUGAUAAAACUCUGCAGCAUCUUCUGUUGUGACUGGACUAGUAAAGUGAGAUGUGAGAGUCUGUAUUGGGAAAGUGUUUACUGAAACCUAAAAUCACUUUAAUGGAAAAAUGAGUGAAGAGAGUAAUAAGAAGGGUGAUAAAAGCCUUGGGAUCCCCAAGGAACUUCAAUCCCAUGCUAUCCAAGAGGCUCUUCAGAAGGGCAUUGACCUUCGCCAGUAUUCCUUGAGCAUUGAAGAGGAACUAAAGAAGGUGGAGAAUGCUUCCAUCCAAGAUUACAUCAAAGAGAGUCAUAACAUAGCCAAUCUCCAUAAUCAGAUUUCUGCUUGUGAUGAUAUUCUUCAGAGAAUGGAGGAGAUGCUACGAGGCUUCCAGUCUGAUCUGGGUAGCAUUAGUGGUGAAAUCGCAACUUUGCAGCAACAUAGUGUGUCCAUGAAUGUUCAGCUGAAAAACAGGCAGGCAAUACGUGGUCAACUGAGCCAAUUCAUUGAUGAAAUGAUUGUACCAGAAAACAUGAUAAGAACUAUCCUGGAUUGUCCUGUCACUGAGACUGACUUCCAGGAACAGCUGCUCAUUCUUGACCAGAAGAUUGCUUUUGUGAAGGAACAAAGUUUCAGAGAGGCUAGAUCUGUACAAGAUGUGAGAGAUGUAUUGGAAAAUCUUAAAAUCAAGGUGCUUUCGAAGAUCCGAGAAUUCCUUCUGCAGAAAAUAUAUCAAAUGAGGAAGCCCAUGACAAAUUACCAAAUGCCUCAGAAUGCAAUGUUGAAACACAAAUACUUUUACCAAUUCUUGAUGAGUCAUGAACGGGAAAUUGCCAAGGAGGUAAGAGAUGAAUAUGUUGAAACUAUGAGUAAAAUCUAUUUCUGCUACUUCAAGACAUAUAUGUCACGUCUCAUGAAGCUCAUGACAGAGGAAGUUGCCACAAAGGAGGAUCUCCUUGGUGCUGAGGAAACUGUUCGCUUUAGCCUCUUUAGCACAAAGCCUUCUAUGAGGAAUAAAUCCACUGUCUUCACAAUUGGACAGAGAGCUGAAGUGCUUACAAGUGAACUGGAAGCUCCUAUCAUGGUUCCACACACAUCUCAGCAAACAGGGAAAAAAUACCCAUUUGAGACCUUAUUCAGGAGUGAGCAAUUUGCUCUUGUUGACAAUGGUUGUCGAGAGUACCUUUUCCUGAGUGAAUUCUUCAUGGUACAAGAUAACCAUGCCAUGGAUCUCUUCAAUUCAGUCAUGGGACGAACAAUAUCUCUUUUCCAAGUAGGGUGCCAUUCCUCCCCCUUGCAUGCAUAUGUUGAUGUUGCUAUGAAAAUAUCUAUUAGGCAAAUGGAAACAUUUGUUUUGGAGAGUUGGGAUUCACUGUCUCUAUUUUUGUGCAUCCAUUUGAUACAUCGAUAUAGGCUUUUGUGCCACAAGAGGGCUGUCCCAGCUUUGGACCAUCAUUGGGAUGCUCUCCUCAAGUUACUCUGGCCACAUUUUGAGCAAAUCCUUAUGCUGAAUCUACAAAGUCUUCAUGACUGUGACCCUCAUAAAAUAGCAGAAUAUGACAUUCACCCUCAUUAUAUCUCCCGUCGCUAUGCAGAGUACAGCUCAAGCUUGUGUUCCCUGAAUGACAGCUUCCCAACAGAUAAUUCUCGUGUGGAUAAGCUAUUGCUUCUCCUCCAGACAGAGAUGCAAAAUCUCUUGUUGAAGAUGGCUGCUGUUUUCAGGGAUAGAAAACACCAGCUCAUGUUUCUCAUCAAUAACUAUGAUAUGAUGCUCAGCAUAUCAGUUGAGCGUACACGGGAAGAUUCGAAGGAAUCAGAGAGUUUCAGGGAGAAGUUGAAUGCUUUGUCCAAUGAAUAUGUUGAGCUGCUUUUGCAGCCACAUUUUGGAGGCCUGUUGCAAUUUGUUCAGGAUUUAGAAGCACUUGGUGAAGAUAACACUACCAUGAAAGCUCAGGAAAUGAAAGUGGUUACAUUAGUAAAAGCAUUCAAUGCCAGCUGGAAGAAAUCCUUGGAUGAUAUAGACACUGAAGUGAAAACUUCCUUCCCAAAUUUCAAGAAUGGGAACAACAUCUUACAAGCAACUCUUACUCAAUUUGUCCAAUACUAUCAUCGAUUUCAGAAGAUCCUUAGCCUCCCAUCAUUUAAGACUCUUCCUGUUCGAUCUGAGCUCAUCAACAUCCAUCAGCUUAUGGUGGAAGUCAAGAAAUACAAACCUGCCUUUUGAUUUGAGAACCAGUUCAUGGUUUAAUGAUGGACUGGAGUAAGCUCAUUUUGAUGGGUUCUCCUAUACAUUUCAUAUACAUCCACAAUCAUAAGAUGCACCUAUGCCUUUGAUCUGUGAUAUUGAUAAUUUUCUUGGUG